UCUACCGUAGCUUGACAAAUAGACGUUUCCUGCUGAGAUAUUUCACUUUCAAACCACCGCGUCGUUGUUGUUCGACAGUAGAGAUGCGAGGAGCGGUGGGAUUGAAGCGUCCAACGAAACAGCGACGCAGGGAGGCCCGGGCUGCCUGUUAGCUGACUGGCUAGCUCGUUAGCAUUAGCUUUGUUAUUGUUGCCGACGCUGCGUUAGGCUGCCCCCGCUGUCCCCUGCAGAUAAGGCCACACAUCGCUUUCAGGAAAAGACCAAAGACACAGUCGUGUCAGCGCUUUUGAACUCAAUGGCUCCGUAGUUCCACCCACCUGACAGCAUCAGGGUUUCACUGGCAGGACCGCUGGGUCUCUUUCAAAAAUCGGGCUCUGUCUAUUCCCUGGAAGACGAGCGCAGUUUAUCUCCCAACGUCGGUCUCAUCUCUUGAGCAGAUACGAUGUAAAAAAAAAAAACUAAAACACAGAAACAAUCGACAGCCUGCGUAGGUUUGAUGUUGACCCACGUUGGUGGUUACUAUUCAAACACACGGGGCGAAGUAAACAAUGUAAAUGCAAGUGUUUCAGUCGGAUGACACCUGUAUCGUCCAGGCGCUGUUAGCUGCUUUAUUAUGUUUCCUUCCUCCUAUCGACAGGUGAUCAAUACACAGUAGCUAUCGAUCUCAACGCGAAACAUCCUUGUUUUGAUUGUUUCUCUCUCCGAACCAAUCUCUGCUUUGUUGACACUACCUUCACCAGACUGGUUUAUGAUCCGUGUCAUUUAAACUCAGUAAAUAAAUGAGCUAACGAUGCAUUUAACAAAACCCAAGAGCUCAACUCAUGCAUUAACAGUGACUACUUGUGCUACUUAUGUCUGAUGAUUACCUCGACUGGUCAUCACAGUUUGACAGUUUCUAGGCUUCAUAAUAUCAGCAAAUGGUAAUGAGCCUUCGAGUUUCGGAGCUCCAGGUGUUGUUGGGGUAUGCAGGGCGGAAUAAGCACGGACGCAAACAUGAACUUUUGACCAAAGCUCUCCACCUACUCAAGGCUGGUUGCAGUCCUGCGGUGCAGAUGAAGAUCAAGGAGCUCUACAGACGGCGCUUCCCAACCAAAAUGGUUUCGCCGGUGGACCUGGCCCUGCCUGGCGUUCAUUCUGCCUCCAGCCUGCCUGCUGGCCUCGCUCAGCUGGGGUUUGACAGCCACGGUUCUCCGUCACCUCUGCUGCCUGUUUCUUUACUUGGGCCUAAACAUGAGCUGAGUCUGCCUCACCUCCCCUCUGCCCUGCACCCAGUACACCCUGAUGUCAAACUCCAGAGACUACCAUUCUAUGAUGUGCUGGAUGAGCUCAUUAAGCCAACCAGCCUGGCCUCAGAUAAUAGUCAACGGUUCCAGGAAUCAUGUUAUGCCUUCGCAUUAACACCACAACAAGUUCAACAAAUCAGCAGCUCCAUGGACAUAUCGGCGACUAAAUGUGACUUUGCUGUUCAAGUCCAGUUAAGAUUUUGUUUAUCAGAGACGAGCUGUCCCCAGGAGGAUCACUUCCCCUCUAAUCUGUGUGUGAAGGUGAACGGCAAACCCUGUAAUCUCCCGGGAUAUCUUCCUCCCACCAAAAAUGGAGUUGAACCAAAAAGGCCCAGUCGUCCUAUCAACAUAACCUCUCUCGUGCGAUUGUCCACCACAGUCCCCAACACAAUUGUGGUGUCAUGGACCUCGGAAAUUGGGAGGAGUUUUUCCAUGGCUGUUUAUUUGGUAAGACAGCAGUCGUCUGCAGUGUUGUUGCAAAGACUAAGGGCCAAAGGAAUAAGGAACCCUGACCACUCUAGAGCUUUGAUCAAAGAAAAACUGACGGCAGAUCCAGAGAGUGAAAUCGCCACCACCAGUCUACGAGUCUCACUCCUUUGUCCUCUGGGGAAGAUGAGGCUGACAAUCCCUUGCAGAGCGAUAACAUGCUCACACCUUCAGUGCUUUGAUGCUACGCUUUACAUCCAAAUGAAUGAGAAGAAGCCGACCUGGGUUUGUCCAGUCUGCGACAAGAAGGCUCCAUAUGAGCACCUCAUAAUUGACGGGUUGUUCAUGGAAAUCUUGAGUAGUUGUUCUGACUGUGAUGAAAUCCAGUUCAAAGAAGAUGGAAACUGGGCUCCCAUGAGGUCAAAGAAAGAGGUGCAGGAGGUGUCUGCUUCAUAUAAUGGUGUCGACAGCGAUUCGUCUCGAACAGAAACACAUGUGCUAAAACGGGGGUCAUCUAACGACAACAACAAGAAGGUUGAUGUGAUUGAUCUGACACUGGACAGCUCCUCGGAGGACGAACCUGAUGAUGAGCCACCUCCUAAAAGGGCCUGUCCCUCACUUUCACCAGUCUCUCCACCCCCAAACAAGGGAGUUUUGAACCUACACAGCCAGGCUUCACCUGUGACCAGAGCUCCCAGCAUGCCCUCUGUGGAGACAAGCUACAUUCCUCCUCCUCCACCUCUUAUCCAGGACUACCGCCACUAUUACCACACAACUAGUGACCUGCCAGAUCUAAAUUUCUUCUCCUUCCUCCAAGGCGACAAUCAGCAUUACAACAUGGUGAUGGCUGCCGCAGCUGCUGCAUCGGCGUCCGAGGACCACGAGCUGCUCCUCAACCGUUUCCUGCCCUACGGCUCCUCUCAGAUGCUACGGGAGCAGCCGAGCACCCCGGGGAGCAGCACGCUGGCAGCCACCAACGGAGGCAGCAACAGUGGCAGCACCAGCAGUUUGGUGUCGUCCAGCAGUCUGCGGGACAGAGACAAAGACAGAGAGCGAGACCGAGACAGAGACAGCCACGCCCUCUCAGGAUUGUCUAGGUCCUCGGUGGAAGCUGCAGCGGCCAUUUAUGGCUCCAUAUCUGACGUUAUCUCUCUUGACUAGACCCACACAGAACUGAAAGACACAGGGGACCUCGAGAACAGGAGUACUUUGUAAAUAAGCAAGAGGAAGAUGAAAGAAUACAGUCCUAUGUACAGAGAGGAAAAUCUAUUUUCAAUUUUACUUAUCAUAUGUAUAUAAACUUAGGACGCUUCUUGUCCAGUGAGUUACUUCAGUUGAUAUUUUUCUGUGAAUACUGAAGACUUUUUCACACCU